UUGCCUCAGGCUUUGACUGCAGCUCAGGAAGGAGCUCAGUCGGCAAAGUUAUUUGCUGCUGGGAAACUUCACCACAUUUGACACAAGCUGGAUACACGGGAGCAGCCAAGUGCUUGGUGACAUCAUGACUGAAGUGGGAUUUCAUGUGAUACUGACCACUGUCCUGUCUGGCAUCCUGCUUGUGGCCGUGGUGGCACUGCUUUGCUUCUUUUGCUGCAGACUGGCUGGUUCACUGCCCCUGGGUGGACCUGGCAGCUUUUAAUGAGCGCUGGCUACCUCUAGCCUGAUGCAUCCGAGGAACGGUAAAAGCAACUGGCUACAGCUGUGAGGCGACUGCAGACCGGCUUCCUCGGCUUCUCAAAGUGGCAUGUUAAGGCUGUCUGGUGUAACGCGUCAGCCACACUGAGACCACAACAUGAAGGUGACAGCCCUGCUCAUCAUUUGCUCCUGUUUGAUGUUGGGAAGUUUGGGGAAGCCACAAUUCCCUGAACAGGAGAAGGAUCCCAAGUAUUGGAAUACAUGGGCCCAGCAGACCCUGAAGAACGCUCUGACGCUGCAAAACCUCAAUAAAAACAAAGCAAAGAAUCUCAUCCUCUUCCUCGGAGAUGGGAUGGGUGUUCCCACGGUGACGGCUGCUCGAAUACUGAAGGGUCAGCUGAAUGGACAGAGUGGAGAAGAGACGCAGCUGGAGAUGGACAAGUUCCCUUUUGUGUCAUUGGCCAAGACAUACAACACUAACGCACAGGUGCCAGACAGUGCUGGCACUGCCACAGCUUACCUCUGCGGGGUCAAGGCCAAUGAGGGCACGGUGGGCGUGAGUGCAGCUGCUGUCCGAUCCCAAUGUAACAGCACACAGGGCAAUGAGGUCACCUCCAUCCUCAGAUGGGCUAAGGAAGCAGGCAAGUCAGUGGGAAUAGUGACAACGACCCGAGUCAACCAUGCCACUCCCAGUGCUGCUUACGCCCACAGCGUGGACAGAGACUGGUACUCUGACAAUGAGAUGCCAGCUGAAGCUCUGAAGGACGGCUGCAAGGAUAUCGCCAGACAACUCUUUGAAAACAUCCCCAACAUUGAUGUGAUUUUGGGCGGAGGCAGGAAGUACAUGUUCCCAAAGAACAUCUCGGAUGUAGAGUACCCCGACAUCCCGAAGCACAGCGGCACACGAAAAGACGGCAGAAACCUGGUGCAGGAGUGGACUGACAGAGUGAAAGAUAAAAAAGGCCAUUAUGUAUGGAACAAGAAGCAGCUCUUAUCACUGAACCCUAACAGCGUGGAUUACUUAUUGGGUCUCUUUGAACCUAUGGAUCUGCCAUACGACUUGGAGAGGAACCGUAACACGGAUCCCUCGCUGACAGAGAUGGUGGACGUGGCCAUCAAGAUCCUAAACAAGAACCCCAGUGGGUUUUACCUGCUUGUUGAAGGAGGACGUAUUGAUCACGGACACCAUGAAGGCAAAGCCAAGCAGGCUCUGCAUGAAGCUGUGGAAAUGGACCGAGCCAUCGGCCGGGCAGAUCUCAUGACCAGCAUCCACGAUACACUCACUAUAGUCACUGCUGAUCAUUCUCAUGUGUUCAACUUCGGGGGCUACACAGUCAGAGGAAACACAAUAUUUGGUCUGGCCCCAAUGUUGAGCGACAUUGACCAGAAGCCCUUUACCUCCAUCAUAUAUGGGAACGGACCAGGUUACAAACUUGUUAACGGUGGGAGGGAGAAUGUCUCCACUAUUGACUACCAGGAUAACAACUACCAGGCCCAGGCCGCUGUGCCUCUGAGCAUGGAAACUCAUGGAGGAGAGGAUGUGGCCGUGUUCGCGAAAGGUCCCCUGGCUCACUUGCUACAUGGCGUCCAUGAGCAGAACUACAUUCCCCACGUGAUGGCGUAUGCAGCCUGUAUCGGCCAGAACAGGGAACACUGUAUGUCAAGCAACGGGUCUGCCGAUUUACGCCCCGUCCUCUCUAGCGUCGCAGCCCUUCUCACAUUCACCCGACUUCUGUGCUGACCUUUUCCCCUGAUCCUGUUAAUACGCCUGUUUUAACCACUCAUACAUUUUAAGAUUUCAAUUUGGUUUUUGUUGUAUUUUUCUUGUUUUACUCUAUACUAUUUUGAUCAUGGGACCACUGUUAGGGCUUGUUUUGUGUUGUAAUAAUUAAUUGACAAAAGCAUAUACGGAUGUCAGUUUUAGGCUGUUCAGGCAAAUAUGUAAACGCUACAAAAAUAAUCAGACACCCCUGAUGCACUGAAAUGAGAAGUGGUGUUACAGAGCUCACCACACAAUCAGAGAUCUCAGUUGUGAUUUGUCUAUUGAAUAAUUAAAGGGUUUUUAGGGCCCAUUAAGCCUCGUUGUUAAAAGUAAACCCUUUAGGUUUGAAUAGUUAGAUUGGAUUUACAACUGUUUGAAUACGUUUCAUAUUUUUUAAAUGUGUAGUUAACAUAAUCUACCUCAUAAACUUGCAAAAGAUCUCUCAUGUAAUUAUUGUGCGUCGAGGAGGUCUCAUUUUGAUGGACAAAUUUUUUGCCAAAACCAGAGGAAACUGAAUGUAUAAUUGACUAAAGAGUAAAAGAUAUAUAUUUCUCAUCAUACAUCUUGUGCAUACUGGCAGAAAGCACUGGGAAAGCCCACCUACCAUUAUUGUGUCCAAUAACAGAAGUUGUAAAACCUCUUAACCAAUAAAAGAAAUGUGUUCUGAA